AUGAACACUAUAAAUAAAAUUACAGCUUUGAGUUCUGCUGUUCCCAAAAAUGCAAGGUUUAUCGCUACAACAAGUUCUUGUUUAAAUGCUGAUGAUGGAUGGCUAUCGAAACUUUUGGUGCGAAAAAUCGAACCGACCAAAGAAUCUCACAGUCGUAUGCUUAGCGACAAGGAGAUUGUAUAUGCCUUACAUACGCAUAACAUUAGGCCGGACUCAGUUGAUAAAUAUUUAAAAAACUAUGCCACUUCUGUGGCAUUUGUAGAAUCCCGGAAAGCAGACCUUGGCUGUGAACUAGUAGGAUCAUGGACAGUGUCUGUGGGAGACAUGGAUCAAGCUCUACACUUAUGGCGGUAUGUCGGUGGCUUCGAAAAGAUUGACAAGGCCAAAAUAUUGUUCAAGGAAAAUCCUGAAUAUCGGACACUAGAGAAGGAGCGAGGAAACUUUGUGAGGUCUCGUCACCUGCAAUAUUUACUCGCCUUCAGUUUUUGGCCCUCGGGCGAGCCCCGCACACCCAAUAAUAUCUAUGAAAUUCGAUCCUACAGCUUGAAGCCUGGAACUAUGAUAGAGUGGGGCAACAAUUGGGCUCGUGGUUUGACCUACCGCCGCGCUAAGAACGAAGCCUUCGCUGGAUACUUCUCGCAGAUUGGGCGGCUUUACAACGUACAUCAUAUUUGGUGUUACAAAGACCUUCAAGCUCGACGUGAAACGCGCGAGAGUACAUGGCGUAACCCGGGUUGGGACGAAUGCGUCGCGUACACGGUCCCGCUCAUUCGGGAAAUGCAUUGCCGCAUCCUGGAACCUACUGAAUUCUCACCCACAAAGUAA